UUCCGGCAAAAAGUCUACAAAAGAGAUAAAGUCCAUGGAUAGUUUAAAAAUUGCAUCGUCGUUUCCAAAAUCAUAUCAACCCCAAAAUAGAGUUAAAAAAACAUCUGGUAAAGUAAUAAAUCAAUCAUCGAAUUUACAGACUCUUGAAAUUCGAGAAAAGCUUAUCGAUGAAUCAGAAUGACAAGAUGCGAUACCUAAUCUUCAAAUGCAAUUGGAGCAGACGAUUGAUAAUAGAACGCGGGAAUUCUUGAAUUACUCUCAACGAUGCGCAUAUAAGGCAUUGAAGCGCUUGACGCUUAACAAAAAUCUGAAUUUCAAACCAGAAGUGUGGGAGGAAACGUCGGUGAGAUCACGCGCUUCCACUGACAGAUCGAUAAUAGAUACAAACGAGUCAGACGUGGCUGAGAGCGAAAGUCCUGAAUCCAGGACUCACAGCCCAGAAUUUCCUUUCUCACGCGAGAUGCAAAGAAGAUUGAGAGAAACGUGGGCUGCAAAUAUCGAAGAGCAGGGCGUUAAAUAUAAGCUGUUAAAAUUGAACUCCGACAAAUCCUCCAUGGUUCCCGCAAAAUCAUUGACGAAGUCCGCCUUUAGCACGAAGUUCGCUAAGUACGAAACCUGGGAAAAUCGUUCGGCGAAAUUCCUAGACGCUAUUCCGAGGAUUUCGUGCUUUCGACGCAAGAACCGUGAUAGGUGCUUAUCCUGCAUGCAUAAAUCCCUGCGGAAGGCGAACGAAACCGAAGCUGUCUCCUCACGAGCAUCAUUGCUAACGGAAAUUGAAGCAAAAGACGAUGGCGAGUCCAGCUCCGACGGACUUCCGGAAUUUCAGAAAGGAAAUUCUGAGAUAUCCGGAAACGGUUGA